UCGAACUUUUCGAUACUCGACCAGCUCACUCACAACCCGUUCGACAACCACCCCCCGUCAACACCACCAAUCAAUCAAAAUGGGUCGCCUUCACUCUAAGGGAAAGGGCAUUUCGUCCUCCGCUCUCCCCUACUCUCGCACUCCCCCGAGCUGGUUCAAGGCUUCCACCGAGCAGGUUGUUGAGCAGAUCUGCAAGCUCGCCAAGAAGGGUGCUACCCCCUCCCAGAUCGGUGUUGUCCUCCGUGACAGCCACGGUGUUGCCCAGGUCAAGACUGUCACUGGUAACAAGAUCCUCCGUAUCUUGAAGUCCAACGGCCUUGCCCCCGAGCUCCCCGAGGACCUGUACCACCUCAUCAAGAAGGCCGUCGCCGUCCGCAAGCACCUUGAGCGUAACCGCAAGGACAAGGACAGCAAGUUCCGCCUGAUUCUCAUCGAGUCUCGUAUCCACCGUCUGUCUCGUUACUACAAGUCCGUCGGUGUCCUCCCCCCCACCUGGCGUUACGAGUCCGCCACUGCUUCCACCCUCGUCGCUUAAGCGCGUGCACAUCUUCUUGUGCGGGGUUAGAAGUUGUUGUGGUGAAGUGGCUGUCGUUGUGGUUGAUUGGGUCGAUCUGGAAAGGGUUGAUUCCGUCGAUAGUCAUGAAAUAAAAUUUAUGAC